GCCAACAAUGUAGCGAAUGUCCCGACUGCGCCCCGCACUCGGCGCCCGGGACGGCCAAGGGGGAAGAUGGAGAGCGGCCCGCGCCGCCGCCGCUGCUGAGCCGCGCCUGCCGACCCGCGGAGGGCGAGCGGCGGCGCCGGGCGCCCCGGGGAGUCACUGUCAGUCUGCAAAAUGAUGAUUCCACAGAUUAUCAUUUUCCGUAGGAAAUGUGAAGAUUGUGAACUGAAGUAAAACAUUGGCAGAAAUCUCUUGAGAAUUUUGCCUUUUCUUCUCUGUGAAGGAUUAUGUUUACAAGAAAUUGAUACCAUCAAGUGACACUUUUUUGAAAUAUUUUAAAAGAAACAAAAAAUAAAGCUGUAUUUAUGCUCAGAGAAAACUGGAUCAACAAUGAGGCCAAAGACUUUUCCUGCUACGACGUAUUCUGGAAACAGCAGACAAAGGUUGCAAGAGAUUCGAGAAGGUUUAAAGCAGCCAUCCAAAUCUUCAGGUCAGGGACUGCCAAUUGGAGCAGGCAGUGAAACUUCUCUGGACCCUAAGAUUUUAAUAGGGAAGGAUGCUGCAAGGCAGCAGCAGAUGAGACAAACUCCAAAGUUUGGACCAUAUCAGAAAGCUCUGCGAGAAAUCAGAUAUUCUCUGCUGCCCUUUGCUAAUGAGUCAAGCACCACAGCAGCCGUGGAAGUCAACAGGCAGAUGCUCCAGGAGCUGGUGAAUGCAGGUUGUGAUCAGGAGAUGGCUGUCCGGGCACUGAAGCAGACAGGGAGCAGAAGUAUUGAGGCAGCCCUGGAGUACAUCAGCAAGAUGAGCUACUUGGAUCCUAGAAAUGAACAGAUAGUACGUGUAAUUAAGCAAACCUCACCAGGGAAGGGUAUUGUGCCAAAUAAUGUAACCCGCAGGCCAAGCUUUGAAGGAUCAAAUGAAUCUUUUCCGUCCUACCAUCAGAUCAGUAAUGCAGCCUAUGAAGGGACAGGCUUUGGAGCAGAAGGUGCAAAUAUGCUUACUGAGGUUCCAAGGCCAUACAUGGACUAUUUAAUCUCUACUUCUCAGUCUUCAGCUAUGACUGCUCCUGUACAGCGACCCUCUGGAGUAGGCACUCACAGCACACCAACGAGCCAUCAGCAGAAAGCAUACCCUGCAAAUAUGGAGUCUUCUGUGAUUAAUUAUCCAGUGGCUAAUCACAGCAGUCAGGCCUUGCAGCUGCAGGCGUCCCAUGGCUGCAACAACCAACAUUACAGCAGGCAGCACAUGAUGGUGCAGGGGGAACCUAUGGGAUAUGGUGUUCAACGGAGCCCGUCCUUCCAAAACAAGAUGCAGCAGGAGGGGGGAUAUGCCAAUCUCCCAAAUAAAGGGGCAGUUGUUCAGAACAGUACUGGUCAUGCAUUUCAGCAGGCACCAGCAAGCCUGUAUAUCUCACAUUCUCAUCACAAACAGACAAGUCCUUCUUCUCAUCAAAUGCAUGUGAUAUCCAGAGGUCCAGCCUUUGCUAAUGAUUUUUCAGACAGUCCACCACAAAAUCUAUUAACUCCAUCUAGAAAUAGCCUAAACAUGGACCUCUAUGACAUGAAUACUCCUCAAGUUCAGCAGUGGCAGGCAGCAACACCAUCACGCAGAGAUUCUGUACAAAACCCAGGAAUAGAAACAUCUCCACGGCAACACGUAUCCUUCAGACCUGAUGCCGUGGUGCCAAGCAGAACAAACUCCUUCAACAACCACCAGCAGCAGCCACAAGUGACAGUGUCUAUGAGACAGGUUCCUCCAGGAAAACCCGAUCCUUCCAUUACGUCUCCAAACACAAUCACGGCAGUCACAUCUGCUCAUAUCCUGCAGCCAGUGAAGAGCAUGCGAGUGAUGAGGCCAGAGCCUCAGACUGCAGUGGGACCUUCCCACCCCGCAUGGUUGCCUGCACAGGCUCCAGCUGUGGAUGGCCUGGAGAUCAUGGAGCAGCAUGUGCCACCGCCUGGAGCAGCUAAUGCCUACCAGCUUGAUGUGGAUUAUGGUAACCAGGAGCUGAGGUGUCCACCCCCACCCUAUCCCAAGCAUUUGUUACUUCCUGGCACCUCUGAGCAGUUUGAUAUCAACUGCUUGUGCAUGGGCGUGGAGCAGACUCUGCGUGUGGUCCCCAGUUCAACAGGCAACAAGGCUGAAGAGAGCAGCGAGCGAAAUGAUAAAAGCAGCAAGAGCACUAAAGCUGAAAAACCAAGCAAAGAUAAAAAGCAGAUUCAGACGUCUCCGGUGCCCGUGCGAAAAAAUGGCAAAGACGAGGAAAAGCGAGAAUCCCGAAUAAAGAGCUACUCACCUUUUGCCUUCAAGUUCUACAUGGAACAACAUGUAGAGAAUGUCAUAAAGACCUACCAGCAGAAAAUUAACAGGAGGUUACAACUGGAGCAAGAAAUGGCAAAAGCAGGCCUCUGUGAAGCAGAACAGGAACAAAUGAGGAAAAUUCUCUACCAGAAGGAGUCCAACUACAACAGACUUAAAAGGGCCAAAAUGGACAAAUCUAUGUUUGUGAAAAUCAAGACUCUGGGUAUCGGUGCGUUUGGAGAAGUAUGCCUGGCCUGCAAAGUGGACACCCAUGCCCUGUAUGCCAUGAAGACUCUGCGAAAGAAAGACGUGCUGAACCGCAAUCAGGUGGCUCAUGUCAAAGCAGAGAGGGACAUACUUGCUGAGGCAGACAAUGAGUGGGUGGUUAAACUCUAUUACUCCUUCCAAGAUAAAGACAAUUUGUACUUCGUGAUGGACUACAUCCCCGGUGGGGAUAUGAUGAGCCUGCUGAUUCGGAUGGAGGUCUUCCCAGAGCGUCUGGCUAGAUUUUAUAUCGCAGAGCUCACUUUGGCCAUAGAGAGUGUGCACAAAAUGGGAUUUAUUCAUCGAGACAUCAAGCCUGACAACAUUCUGAUAGACCUCGACGGGCAUAUCAAACUGACUGACUUUGGACUGUGUACUGGAUUCAGGUGGACUCACAAUUCAAAAUACUAUCAGAAAGGGAGCCAUAUCAGACAAGACAGCAUGGAGCCCAGUGAUCUCUGGGAUGAUGUGUCCAACUGUCGGUGUGGAGAUAGGCUGAAGACAUUGGAACAAAGAGCUAAGAAGCAGCACCAGAGAUGUCUGGCCCACUCGUUAGUUGGAACCCCUAACUACAUUGCUCCUGAAGUCCUGCUUCGUAAAGGAUACACUCAGCUCUGUGACUGGUGGAGUGUUGGUGUCAUCCUCUUUGAGAUGUUAGUGGGACAGCCUCCUUUCCUGGCUCCCACACCCACAGAAACCCAGCUGAAGGUGAUAAAUUGGGAAAGCACACUGCACAUUCCCUCACAGAUCAAGCUGAGCCCUGAGGCAACUGAUCUGAUCACAAAGCUCUGCUGUGCUGCUGAGGACAGGCUUGGAAGAAAUGGAGCAGAUGAUAUUAAAGCCCAUUCUUUCUUUCACUCUAUGGACUUCUCUACCGAUAUCCGUAGGCAGCCAGCUCCCUAUGUUCCAAAGAUCAGCCAUCCAAUGGACACUUCAAAUUUUGAUCCAGUUGAAGAAGAAAGUCCUUGGAGUGAUGCUAGUGGUGACAGCACCAGGACCUGGGAUCCACUAGCCUCUUCCAAUAGCAAACACACAGAACAUGCUUUUUAUGAGUUUACUUUCCGAAGAUUCUUUGAUGACAAUGGAUAUCCCUUCAGGUAUCCCAAACCUUCUGGAAUGGAAGUUUGCCAGUCUGAGAAGUCUGAUGUAGAAGACAAAGGUGUGGUAGAUCAGACUGGAGCUUGUCAGCCUGUAUAUGUGUAAAUUACUGUAUAGAGUACUUCAGAUAAGACUAAUCUCAAAUCCAAUAGGGCCUUUAACUGAUCCUUUAGGAGCUGAUCCUGCAGCACUUGUGUACCUUCAGCUGAGGCUGGAGACAUCCUGGGGAGUAAAAGAAGCUUGCAGGGCCAGGUCCUAAAGAUGGCACUCUUGAAAGUUCAGGUCAGUUCUACUGUAAAUAACUUUGUUGAUAAUUACACUUGAAAUUCUGGUCUUCACCCAAAUCAGCAAGGCCAGCAGUCUGUCAUUUCUGGCCUAUUUUUAUUUGAGGUCAGCAUCCCCCUUACUCAGAUUAACACUUACAGACUUCUGCAACUGUCAGCGUUGUUUUUUAAAUAAAUAAAGAGCACUUAUAUUUUGUUUAUAGCAGGGUUUUUUUCCUACUAAAUUAUAGGGAUUAACUUUGACAAAUCAUGCUGCUGUUCUUCUUUUCUACAUUUUUAUUUUAUCCAUAGCACUUACUUCACAUUUAGGAAGAUGCAUAAAGCUGAAGAACAUGUGAUGAAAGGUCUCUGUGCAAUAAUGUAAGAAAGAAAAAAAAGAAGAAGAAAAAUGAAAAAAAGAAAACUGCUCUCUAAUUUUCUAAAUUUACUGAUGCCAUUGUAUUCACACCGUGAUUUUUGUUUAUUAUAUGUAUUUUCCACAUUUCAAAAUUGUGACAUAACCUUAAAGCUGCUUUAUUUCCUUCUGCUUAUUGGAGUGUAAUAGAAAGUGUGAGCAAGUGGCAACCUGGGUGUGAUUUCAUUGUCUAGUGUGUGAAGAAUGUUGCAUGAGCAGUGGUUUUCUAUUUGAAAUGGCCUUUUCUUGCCAUUCACAGGCAGGUCCUGUGGAUUCAUUUUCUAAGGGUCUAAAAUUAGACCAUUUUAAACCGUGUGUUGAUAAUGUAUUGUGUGGAUGGUUUCCUCUUAUGAUUGUAUCCAAUAUUAAUUUUGUAAAACAGAUUGCAAAGGUUAUACCUGAGUAGUGAUGUUGUGGUCUGAUGUAAUAGAUGGUUUUAGCAAGCACAUGUCACGGGCACACGCAUUUCCCAACGAGGAUCAACAGCCAGAACAUUACAAUGGAGCAGAUUUGUGGGGAGAGCCUGGAUGGGGCUGGGUCAGGCAGGGAGCAGCACAGAGGCCAUGGCUGAGGCAGAGAGAGCAGCACAGAGGCCAUGGCUCCAGCUGCAGAGGCAGCACAGCAUCCAGACCAGAGCAUCUCCCAGCACGGGGCUCCCGUAACGCGCCGAGGCCCCGGGUGCAGCGAGGCUGAGGCUGGGUGCCUGCAGCUCCACGGACACCUAUGGAACCUGGAGGUAUGUGGCUUUCCAGACAUCAGACCCCACGUGUGUAUCCAUUUAGGAUCCUAGUGUUUUAGGCACUGACAUUGGGAAAUGUUGGCAUUGUUGGUAGGUCAUUCUGUCCCGUUGUCUAGAGGUUAAAAUGUUGCUGUGAUGGAGCACAAUAGGCCUUCAUUUCUCUCAAAUUAUAGGCAUACUUUGAAAUAUCAGUUUUUAACUAUGUUAAAAUAUGCAUUUUUCUUGUAUGUAUAAGUGAGAAUUAUUCAAGAUGAUAUCAGAAUACUAAAGGUAAUUAAGCCAUACGUAUUUGCAUAUAUAUUAUAUAUAACUAAAUAAGUAAACACACACAAAAAUCCGUAAUUCAGAUUAGUGUAACAGUCCUAUUUAAAGUGAUUGACCUAAUAACAUUUGAUGAAAACACUCCUUUAAUGUGUUUUUGCUUUAUUUUAUUUUUAAAUCUGGAGCUUCAUUAUUUUUUCCGUAUAUUAUUCCACAUAUUAUUCCUUAAUGUUUUAGCAUAUCCUAUCCUAUCCAUUGUUUAGAUAUCUAAGCAACAACAUAUGAAUUCAUCAGCCUAAACUAAACAAAAAUGAUUGUGUAUUUGUUUACAUUUGUAUGAAAGGAAUGUUCUGAGGUAUGCAGUGCUUGUGUUGUGACAGUUCAUGUAAGAUUCAGUAUUACUGCUUUUUUAUAUAGUAAUGCCAUUUUUUUGUUAUUUACAUCUAUCUGACAUUCUUUCAUGUGGUAGGUUCUUUCUCAGGAACUCAAUUUAACUGUUAUUUAUUGAUAUAUCAUUGCCUUUGAAAGCUUCUACUGGCAGAAUUUAUUAAAAAUCUGAAUCAAAAUCUACAA